ACGUGAGUGAUCAGCUGAGCUCGUGCAUCGCUGCAGUGAGUGCGCGGGUGCCAGCAGCGGCUCGGGUUCGGAGCAGCUCGGGGCCGCUCGGAGUCUCUCUGUGGUCGGGCUUUGGACAUCAUUCUGAACCCCGGAUCGAUUGGGAGACGGGGGGGUUUCUUUUUACGGCUGCAAGAAUGUGACUCUUUUACAUCUUCGUUUUUUUAUUUUUUAUUUUUUACUCCUCUUCAUGGACCCGACUCCACUGAACGAGAAGACGAAUCCUGUUCUUCAUUUCGUCCUUUAAUUAUUUCGCUUUAAUCAAUCAGACCCUCAGUGCGGAAAACACCUGGGCUGGUCCCGGGGUCCGUCCAGGAUCUGGAGGAGAUUCCGUUUCCGUUUCUUACCGGGAGUGGGCAAUAAUAUGUCCAGGCGAAAACAGACCAACCCCUUCAAAGUUGACUGGCCAUUCCACACUUCAGGCAUCACAGGACUACAGCACACUAUUAACAUGGACGGCAGGGACGAGUUCACCGAAGACAGUGAAUGCUGCAGCAACAACUCCCAGGAAGUCCUAGAGCAGGAUAGCAUCACAGAAGACAGCGAUAGCGACCUCGACAACCACGGUGAAGACUCGUCCUCCAACACCUCCGCUGACGACCACAUGACCACCAAGAGAUCACAGUGUCGCCUUCAAGGAGCGGGAGUCAAAGAGGAGAGCGAGGAGGGGCCAGACCACGGCAACAACUUUGUUUGUCCUCUCUGCACGCUGGAUUUCAGCAGCCCCGAGAAGCUCAUCUCCCAUGUCUACCAGCACACGGCUAUGAUGAGCAACAGCAAGAGCUAUGUGUGCCCAGUGUGUGGGCGAGCCCUGAGUUCGCCUGGCUCACUUGGACGGCAUCUUCUCAUCCACUCAGAGGACCGCCUCUCCAACUGCGCUGUCUGUGGCGCACGCUUCACAGACACCAACAACUUUAACAGGGAGAAGCUGAAGGAUGUCCUUGACUUGACCAGGAUGGAUGUCGGUAGUGAGCAGGACAGCUGUUCCUUGACCCAUUCCCUCUCCAGCAGCCCCAUGACCAGCCCAGGCUCCUGCCAUGGACCAGGCCCUAGCCCCAGCUCCUGCCAGGGCCCCCGUCCCUGUCACGCUCCUGACCUCAACCCCAACCUAUGUCAAGCCCACCGUACCUGCCAGGGACCCGGCCACAACUCAGGCCAGUGUCAAGGCCCCCGAUCAUGUCACGGCCCGGGGUCCGGAGUGUGCUCAGGACCAGGAGCGUGCACAGGGUCUGACCAAGGACCCUCGUAUCCCUCACUGCCCGACAGCCUCCUCUCCGAAGGGCCUUCACUCGCAUCUAUUCCUGACGCUCUCAACUCCUCUUCCUCGAGCCUCCCUCCUAUCCCCGACAUCCUGAGCCCCAUGCCCGUGUACCCCGCUGGAGUGCUGCUGGUGUGCAACAGCUGCGUGGCAUACCAGCAGCUAGUGGAUGCUCAGUCCCCGAUGCGAAAAUGGGCGCUACGCAGGAAGAACGAACCCAUUGAGGCUCGCAUGCAGCGUCUCCAGCGUGAGCGCACAGCAAAAAAGAACAAGCGGGCAUGCGAGACGGACGAGGAGAGAGAGAUCAGGAGGCUGCGAGAUCGCGAGGCCAAGCGCAUGCAGAGGAUGCAGGAGUCAGACGAGCAGCGGGCGCGCAGGCUGCAGAGGGACAGGGAGGCUAUGCGGAUGAAGAGAGCCAAUGAGACACCCGAUAAGAGGCAAGCCAGGCUGAUCCGCGAGAGGGAGGCAAAGAGGAUCAAGAGGCGCCUGGAGAAGAUCGAUCCAGCUCUGAGGACACAGAUCGAGCACGAUCCUGCCGCUAUGGCCGCCCUCACAGCAGACAUGAGUCUCUUUCAGUUCCCCUGCCCUAUGCCUGUCCCUUCCAUCGACAACGGGCUGUUCAUGAAGCUGCCCUAACUGGACCAGGAGCAUCCUGGCUUCUUGCAGCAUCAUUAACCUCUGUACUAUGCCAACCAGGAUGCCAUGGUCACGGUGAACCAUUCCUGACUGCUUCACUCCCUCUUCUGCGUGGAACAGCUUCAAAAACACAAACUGCUUUGUUAAAUAUUUUGAUUUCUAAUUUAUUACUGUCUAGAAAACCUUGGGCACAGGGUUGAGAAUGUUUCAUGUUGUAUGAGAGACGACAUAACCGCAUGUUGUAAAGAGAUUUAUCAGUCCUUUUAUGGGGCUAGCAGAUUUAUCACAACUCAUUCUAGUAGGAGCCGUUUUUACUUCCCUUGAGGAAAAACUAAUCCUUUUUUGCACAUUGACUCUUCACUGACAGGAGUGGAGGGGACUCUGUAGCCACAGCCCACAGCCCCCCCCCAUCCUCCCUCCUUUCUGGUCCACUCCGCCAGCCCAGCGCCCCGGGUUUACCGGUAGCUACACCUCUCUCUCUUCAAGCUGCCUCCGUGGGUCCUUGGGAAGUUCAUAUCCAGUCAAACUACCUCAGCCGGCGUCGUGGUGGCGCCCUCUGUCUUGUGGCUUAUUGCAUUCACACUCCAGGCUUCCAAAGCUCUCUAUAAACUGUACGCUCCUUACAGAGGAUGCGGGUUGUUUUUAACGGUUUGUGUUUGCAUAUAUCACUUUGGCGUUUUUAAUAGUUCACAAACAUUCAUAGUAGGAACUGGUUUACAAACCCUGAUCAGACAGAUUUCCCAGGGUUGUAAAUAACUGAUCUCUGAAUGUUUUGUCCUGUUAAACACGCCUCACGUUGAGCAACAUUCCCCCUCAGCUUCUGAGUUUUUAUAACUUAAAGCAUUCGACUCUACAUUCUUUUUUUUGCCAAUACUGUUUCUCUCUCUGAAAAAUCUGAACACUUUGCCAAUGCCAUUUCGUUUUUUAUCACUUGGUGUUACAGAGCUCUUCUUUGGCUCAUAAAUGAUAAGUCUGUGCUGCUGUUUAUUGUACUGUACAAUACAUUAGUUACCUCGUAAUAUAUUUUGGGCUCAUGUUAAGGAUUAUUGUGUUCAAAUGUUACAUUUAGCGGUCACAAUGAAACAGUUCCAGAGAUGUUACUGGUUGACAACAAGAAUUUGUCACAUUACUUGAAUUUCGCCUGCAGAAACACAAUGACUCCCUCAUUGUUAGUUAGAGUUAAGACCGUGUGUUUUUAUUAUGACAUAGAGGAUCAUACACAGAUGCAAUUUGUGUAGCAUUAUUAACAUGAUUAUUACAGCUGCAGUACCUUCAGAUCAUGUAACCUGAACCACUUAAACUGCGGUUAAUUUCUAUCCUCUGUCUGCAGAAAUGAUGGAAGAUAUUUAUUUAUUCAUAUAACAGAGGAACUCGUUUUAUAGUUUGUCGUCCCCAUCCGUUACUGAGCACCGGGGCGUAUUUCAUGACACAUAGUUACAGCUCACUGGGAGAUUUUAUUAAUCCAACUUCAUUAACCUCAUUCCAGCACAUAUUUAUGCAAUAUGAUGUGAAUAUAUUUUUGUUGUGAAAAUGUUUGGGUUAUUUUGUUACUGUCAGUGGUAUAAAAAUUGCAACGAUGUUUAAGUUAGAGGCCAUGUUUGGAUGUUUCUCUCUUUUUUUUAAUUUCCUGCCUGUAACGUUACCUCCAGUUAUUCUUAACUCUACUCCUCCAGAUGCAAAUAUUUAGUGUCAAACAAGCAGUUUUUAGAAGUAUCCUCCACUGGACUACUUCAGAGAUGAGGACAAGUACUGGUUCUGUUUGAGUCACUCCUAGACGAGAGGUCAGUCCACCUGACUGUUACAGCAAAUUUAACAAAGAAGAACUAAUGAUAGAUAUCUUUAUAGUCUUCUCUAGGAGUGCAUCAAACCUCUAUGCAACAGAUAUGUUAUUUAUUCCGAGGGAAAUUAUUUCACUUUUUGCUGAAACUAUGCAGAAUGCAACUUUCAUUCAAACGGACUUCAGUGUAAAGAGUUUAGCUUCUCAGGCAAUUUAUCUCAGUGAGAGGGCUCCAAGUCUGGACAACACCCUGCUCCAUCAGAAUCAUUUCCAGAUCAAUCAUGUGACAGUUUUGAACAGUCAUGUGACUUUUCUAGAGACACUUUGUCUUCAGAGAUGCUUUUUUUUUGUCCUCCUAGUUCAGCACAGUAUAGCAACAGGGUCUCACUGCCAUCAGAUUCACGACAAACUGUAACAAAGGGCAGAUCAGUCUUCAGGUGUCAUUUCCUCCUCUCUUCUCUCAGACUAUGAAUACUAGGUAUUCUCACAGGUUCCUCUUUGAAACUGCUGUGAUCCUCAUCGUCCUCCAGAGGACAAAAGCGACAGAAAACAGCGUCUUCUGCGAUCUGACAUACUAUGGCAAAAGAAGUACUUAAAACUCUGAAGUGACGUCUGUCUUUACAAACAGUACUUUUGCUAUGGAUUAGUUAAGCACUGCAUGUGGUGAAACUGCACUCGUCCUAGAAUGGUUCUAUAUGAGCUUGUGUUCUUUUGUUAGUUUAUGCCUGCCUGUUUUUUACAGUUUAAUCAAAGAAAAUUGUUGUUGAAAACGUUGGCCUUUCUAUUGUAAUUCUAUCAGGAUUUUCUCUCUAUGUCCAUGUUUACAAAACAAGACUGAACAAGGCCAAAUGAAUGAGCUAAACCGCUAAUGAGAACAUUCAUGCUUGCUGUGAUAUCAAUGCAUCCUAACUGGACGGCACUUUGGGGGAUGCCUUCCUCUGUUACUGGGUUAACAGAUGUACAGACCAUGAUGAAACCUGGAAAAGAAUGUGGAAAUAAACAUUGAAUUUACUAUAA